AUGAUUUGGGAAAAAUUCAUUACGGAUCCAACGUUUACUGUGGUGGAGACAACUCAUUAUCCAACUGAAAGUAUUCCAUUUCCUGCUGUUGCGAUUUGCGAUACUAAAAUGGUCUACGGCCCUAGUACAAAGAACAUCACAAAGUUGUUGCAACUUCGUGGUUUUGAAACUGGUCAUAUUAAUGAAUUUUAUCGAAGCUUAACGGAAAUAAAACAAAAAGGUUACGUGGUAAAAUCUAAUAUUAAGAAAAUUCACAACAUACUGGAGAACCUUGGAUAUACGUACAAUAACCUAAUAUAUAUGCUUAAAAAGCCUUGCGAAAAACUAAUAGAAGAAUGUUUAUGGAGGUCAAAGUCAUACGACUGUUCACAAAUCUUUCGGUCGGUGUUCACUUUUCUUGGAUACUGUUGUCAAUUUGAUCUAUCUUACUUCAGAUCAUUGGCUGGAGAAAAUAUAAAUUAUGCAGCUGGUACAGAUCUUACUGAAGCGUUGGAUAUAGUUCUAAACACUGAGAAAUUUGAUAACAAUGGUAUAAAUACUCUCGGUUCUAUUUUGAUGUUUAUAUUUGAUGAACAAAAUAACAUAACACUAAUAGACAGUGCUAUAACAGUGACAACUGCAACAUAUUUUGAUGUAACAAUUGACAUUUCGGUAAUGGAUUCAUCUACAGAUGUUAAAGCUCUGUCUUUACACAAUAGGAGAUGCUUUUUGAAAACUGAUACGGAUUUCAAAGCUAACUCAUUCCGAAGUUGCAUGAUGAAGCGUGUGAUGAAAAAAAUUGUGGAAUUAUGUCAGUGCUUGCCUUUCAAUAUAAAGAGCAAGGAGUUGAACGUGGAAGAGUUUCCUUCUUGCAAAUGGAGUCAUCUUACAUGUAUCUUCGAAAAUUUGGAAAAUAUGAAAGGAAACUUUCAUGAGGUUGUUUCUGGCGACAAAUGUUACCAAGAUUGCGAUUACGUUCAAUAUGAAACUCAAGUCGAAUAUUUAAAACAAGAGAGAGCGUUCAGUGAGAAUCGUAUGCUUAGCAGUCGGGUUACCUUGCACUUUAAAGAUAACAGUUGUAUGAAGUACAGGCGUGAAGUUUUGUACACCUGGGAUCAAAUGUUGGCUAAUUUAGGAGGCAUAUUUGGUUUAUGUCUUGGUGGAUCUAUAAUAAGCAUUGUCGAAAUAAUAUGGUUUUUUACGGACAUACUGUACACGUGUUUUGCAAACUUCAGAAAGGGAAAGGUGUCUCCAAAAUCUCGAGAAGUUGAAAACAGAAUUUUUGUUUUGUCUAGAAAAAACUAUGCUGCUAACAAAACGGCGAAGAAAGAUCAUAUAUCUGGAAAGUUUAAAUUUGUGCACUAA